UGAGAAGGAGCGUCAGUAGAGUGCCGAGAUAUUUUUUAUAUUUUUUUCCCCGUAACAUAUUUCAAGCGAUAUAAAAACCAACAUGAGUUUGUCUGGAACCGCAUCCAAAAACCAAUCGCGAAGAAGCUCUCGGCGGCAUCGUGCUAAAGAUUUGGAACAGGAGGUGGAGUUAAUUAUGUCACAAGAGGAUGAUAGUGAUAUGGAAAUGGAAAAGUCGAAAGAAAAUGAUUUACCGACUACACCCAAAUCACACAAGCAGAUUGAUUAUCAGCAUCGAUCGCCUAGCGUAGGUACGAACGAUACACUGGCACAAACGCCUAGGCGGAGCACUCGCAAGAGCAUUAAACCGGUUCAAGAAUAUGAAGAUAUUGUAAGCCGCAAACGUCAGUUGAGAUCUGCCUCUAAGAUCGAAGCGGAAAACAUACAAGAUGCUGAUGAAGAGCCACAAGCCAAAUGGACGCCAGCUAAAGUGGGUCGUGUUUCACAAAAACGGAGCCGUAAAAGCCGCAAAUCGACGAAAAAUCAAAAUAAGUCAAAAAUAAUUAGUUCAAGUGAAGCUGAAGAUAAUGAAUAUGAAAAGGGCAGUCUAAAAACUAACACAUCUGAAGAAAGUCUACAAAUUCAGGAUUCGGUUGAUACGGUAGAAUCCGAAGCGGUGGCUGAGAAAAAUAUGGACAUACUUAUCAAUAAAAUUACUGAAAAUAAGGCCAAAUACACCAACGAAAAUAUUGGGAGUGAAUUAAGGAAAGAAAAUUCGAAGACCGCGGAACGUAAGCCAACUCCUUUUAGACCUAAGGCUACUGUUCCAAAUAACGAAGAAGAAGAAGAUUGUGAAGAGGGUGCACACUCAAUAACAAUAGAAGUUUCUAAAAUGGAGCCUAAAGAAAUUGUAUUGCGUAGCAUUCGCAAACGUUCUUUGUCCGUGUGCAUUGGUAAUACAGAAGCAGAAAAUAGGCGCAAAAAUGUCACAUUUUAUAGUCCUGCUAAUCAAACGACUAUAUUGGAAGACUUGGACACACGCAUUGUGCAAAGUGUGAAGAAAAAUUACGGCGCAAAAACGGGUGGCAACGUAUCAUGUAAGCUUAAGUAG